AUGAAAUCCUUCCUGCUCACUCUCGCUGCCAUGCAGAUCCUGCACUGCUCAGGAGUGCCACGCACCAAGGAAGCUCUGAGAGCCUCAGUAAUAAAGCUGAAUGAAAUCACCGAGAUCCCCAACCUCUGUGGUAUCUCCAGGAGAGGCGUGACAAAUACAUAUUGCACAGGUAACCUGUCAUACGGCGUGGAUUUAACAUUCUCUGUGAAAGAAACUGUCUGCUCCAAGAAUUCUGGACAGGAAUUUGAUGAUCCCAGCUGCUCCUUCCACUCUAAAAACAUUGCGGAGAAAGGGUUUUGCAAAAGCCAUGUGGAAUUUUUUGCUGAUAAGGUAGCUGACGUUGAUGUGGAGUGUGGUGGUCUGAAGACAGUUGACAGUGAGAGUGAUUUGACAGAAUCGAGUGAAAACAGUAUUGAGGCGCAAAGCAAAUCAAAUGAAACAUCACUUGAGGAAACCUCAAAUAUGAAAAGCAAGUCAACAGAAUUGUCACUGGAGGAGUCUUCAAACAUGUUGACACCUCAUUCCCCUGGCAGCCAUCGCUUUCUUGAACAAUUUACCUCCACGUUCACUUUCUCCUUCCCCUCCCAUUUCAACUCUGAGGCCAGCAUGCAGCCCAGGAGCCAGGAAGCUUGA